AUGAGUUUUAAAAACCCGUACUCGGACACGUAUGCGCCAGGGCCCGAGCGGGCAAGAUGGCCUCCCUUGACGAGGAUGUUAAUGUCCGGCGAAAUGAGCGGAGAGCCCCCAAGGGACUUGACGAUGAAGGAGAAGUUUGAUCGAUGGAUGGUCAAUGAAGGCUGGAGGAGACUCACCGUUGCUGUGUUUGUUUUGGCACAUCUGAUGAUCUUUGGAUUUGGUUUGAUGCAUUACGGGCUUAAGGACAAUCUUACUGGGUCAAGAGCAACUUUUGGAGUCACAUUCACUAUUGCAAGAGCUGCAGCUUUGGUGCUGCAUUUUGAUGUCGGCUUGAUCCUAUUCCGUACGUGCCAUGUAACCUUGAUGCGCAGAAGAUCACUUACUGAUAGUGCAUUAGCUGUGUGCCGAACCCUUAUCUCUCUGAUGAGACAGACACCUUUGAACGGGAUUAUCCAAUUUGAUAAAAACAUCACUUUCCAUAAGCUGGUGGCUUGGUCCAUCGUUACAUUCUCCUGGAUUCACACGGUUGCUCACUGGGUCAACUAUGCCCAACUCGCCGCUAAGCAGGGCCUCGGAGUCGCAGGCUUCCUCCUGGCCAACGUUGUCACUGGACCCGGCUGGACCGGGUAUAUAAUGUUAAUCGCACUAAUGGCGAUGGCGCUCACAUCCAUCGGUAAACGUCGCCGGGCCAAUUUCGAACGAUUCUGGUACACGCAUCACCUCUUUGUUAUUUUCUUCUUUUUCUGGGCUUUCCAUGGAGCGUUCUGCAUGAUUAAGCCUGACUACCCGCCGUUUUGCGCCGGCAUCGGUGUAUUUUGGAUGUAUUGGAUAUAUGGAGCAGUGAUCUACCUGGUGGAGAGGCUGUUACGUGAGAUACGUGGACGGCACAAGACAUAUAUCACAAAGGUGGUGCAACAUCCCAGUAACGUGGUUGAGAUUCAAAUGAAGAAGGAGAAAACGAAAACGAGAGCGGGUCAAUACAUUUUCCUCUGCUGCCCCACGGUAUCUGUAUGGCAAUACCAUCCGUUUACGCUUACCAGUGCUCCCGAGGAAGACUAUAUCUCUGUGCACAUUAGAUGCGUCGGAGAUUUCACCAAGGCCCUUGCCAAAACGCUAGGAUGCACCUUUGAUGAAGGCAAGGGUAAAGGCGGUAAAGGAAAGACCGGCGUAGUCGGUGUCAACAACCAGAUGGCCCCGGAUGACGUAGAUCCCAGCAUUCGUCGAGUUCUCCCUAGGAUCUACGUUGACGGCCCAUUUGGCAGUGCAUCAGAAGACGUUUUUAAAUACGAAGUCGCCGUCCUAGUGGGAGCCGGUAUCGGAGUAACUCCCUUUGCGUCCAUCCUGAAGAGUAUCUGGUAUCGCAUGAACUACCCCCAAACAAAAACGCGGCUGCGAAAAGUGUAUUUCUUCUGGAUUUGUCGAGAUUUCGGCUCGUUUGAGUGGUUCCAAUCGCUGCUUCUUGCCAUAGAGGCGCAGGAUACAGCGAACCAUAUUGAAAUCCACACUUAUCUUACAGCCAAAAUCCGACCUGACGACGCAACUAACAUCAUGAUUAACGACGCCAACGCAGAACAAGAUACAAUCACCGGCCUGCGUGCCCCGACUAACUUUGGUCGACCAAAUUGGGACAUGGUAUUCCGGUCGAUUCGAAAGCUGCACGCACCAGCAGAAGCCGGCGUGUUCUUCUGCGGACCAAAGCCAUUAGGAAGUGUGCUGCACGUCAAGUGCAAUAUGUAUUCAGAGCCUGGAUUUAAUUUCGUGUGGGGAAAGGAGAACUUUUAAGACGCGUAAACGCAAAUUUCUUUGCAGUUUUCCCCACUCUGUGAGCCGGGAGGGAAGAAAUCCUGUGAUGAUAGCAACGACCCCUUUCUUGAUAGCCCCUUUUUUGUUUUCCAGUGCUUCGUUGUAAAUGUUCUUUUGUUAUCAUAUACAUAUAUAUAUGUUUUGUACUCUAGCUUCGUUUGUAGCAUAUGGAGAUUUUUCACAUUGUC